ACUCCAUGUACACCAAUAAACAUAAGCAAAUGCUUUAAAAAUAAGGUUCAAUAUAUUUAUGGUUUGUUUUAGUGUUUUGUGCGACCCUGUUCAUUUGACUUAAACCAAAGGGCUAUAUGUUUUUCUUCAGUAGGUGUGGACAGUGGGACUGGCCAAGCUUCACACGGAAGUUUACAGAGAAGUCAAAUCACAUCUUUACCAUGUAAGUAUAAAUAUUAGUUCUGAAUAUAGUAUCAAUCGCAUAUAUAUAAUGAUUGUGACAAAACUUCCGUUUUUAUCCUAUUAAUGUGCUAGACACAUCUGGCAUGAGAAAGAGACCACGAUCUAGCUUACCACACAACAGCCAUAAGAAAAGUUUUAUAAGUCGUCUUGAUGAAGAUUUGGCGUGUGAUACAGUCCACACCUCGCAAAUGAGUGGUGAUGAAAGUGAAGAUAAUGGGAAUUCAGUAGCAACAGAAUCUGACUUUGAAGGUUAUAUAUUAGCUUAAUUUGUAUAUGUAUAUACGCUGUAAUAAUUUGUGAUAUUGUAUCUGUAUUAACAUUUUGUGUUUUAUCUAAAUGUAGAUAUAUUUGAUGAAAAUUUUCAACCAGACUUUUACUGUAAUUCACGAGAAAACACCGAUUCGGAAUCGGAACCAGAAAUCGAAGUUGUUGACUUAACCGCUGACACAGCUCCAGAUACCAUGGUUAACACUAACAGAGUUAAAUCUCUGGCAGCACUUUUUGAAGAAGCAUUUCGUGCUACAGAAAAGGCAACUAAAAAGGCUGUACCAAAAGAAGAUGGUAAUAAACAGCAAGAUACUAAAAUCGAAUUUGUUUAAAUAAUCACUAACUAUUUUCUUAUUACCAUCUACAGCUUAUAUAGAUGAAGGGGAUGCAACUUACACAUGUUCUUACUGUGGAGCUAUUAUGUGGUUUGGUGAACGCUUAAAUAGGCGUCUGAAAACACCCAAUCCUAAGUUUUCUCUAUGUUGUAUGCAAGGACAAGUGCAGUUACCAUUACUAAAACAACCACCAGAAGUUCUUAAGAAUUUGCUGAUUGGAGAUGAUAAAUUAAGCAAACAUUUUCAGAGAAACACAAGAGCUUACAACAUGGUCUUCUCAUUCACUUCACUUGGUGGAAAAAUUGAUAGAUCUGUUCGAAAGGGAAAAGGGCCAAACAUGUUGGUACUCCAAGGUGAGAAUUACCAUUUAAUUGGUAGUUUACAACCACCAAAUGGAAAUGAUGCUAAGUUCGGACAGCUUUAUAUCGUUGACACUGGAAAUGAAACAGAAAAUAGAACAAAGGCUUUGAGGUAAUUAUUUCAAUCUGCUUCUCUCCCUAAUUUUAUAUUUGUUUACUAUAAUUAUUAAUCUGAACCGUUGUAUGUGUUAUUUUUAACAGCAAAGGGGGUCAAGCGAAAGCUUAUAAAAAAAGUGAUGGACUUAAGAAAGAGAUCAUCGACCUUCUGAUAAAGAUGCUGAAUGAGACCAACCCUUACGUUAAACAGUUCAGAUCAGCAAAAGAUCGUUUCACCAUCAAUCCUAGAGACUCUUUUCAUAUGAGGAUAGUCAGUGAUAGAGUAAAGGAUGGAAGAACAUAUGACACACCUACAGCAUCAGAAGUUGCUGCACUGAUUCCUGGAGAUUUCAAUCUGGACAUGGAUAAAAGAGAUAUUGUUCUUCAACAGAAAUCAGGGAAGUUGCUAAGGAUCGAUGAAAUACAUGCUUCAUAUCUUGCACUUCAGUAUCCUCUUUUAUUUGUACAUGGAGAGGAUGGUUUCAGACUUGGGAUAAAGAAAGGUGUUACUAAAGCUACUGAAAAACUGAAAAAGGAAAAUAUCAGCAUGAGGCAGUUCUUUGCUUUUCGUUUGCAUGAACGCAAGAAUGAGGCUCAUACUAUCCUAAAUUCAGGAAGGUUGUUUCAGCAGUUUGUUGUGGAUGCCUACACAACUAUAGAAUCCAAUCGCCUACGCUAUCUGAGGCCUCACCAGAAGACUUUGCGUUCUGAUAGUUAUGACUCUAUCAAGCAGUCAGAAAAUGCGGGCAGGAUUGAUAUGGCCGAGCAAGGAUCUUCGUUUGUCUUACCAGCUACGUUCACUGGUGGUCCUAGAUAUAUGAAAAACCUUUAUCUGGAUGCAAUGACUAUAUGUAAGCAUUUUGGUUUUCCAGAUCUUUUCAUCACUUUUACAUGCAAUCCUAAAUGGCCAGAGAUCACAAGACAUCUUACCAACCGCAAGUCAAAGGCAGAGGACAGAUCAGACAUCAUUUGCAGGAUGUUCAAAAUGAAACUGGAUUCAUUGAUGGAUGAUUUAACUAAGAAGAAUAUCCUUGGCAAAACUGUAUCCUCUAUGUACACGAUUGAAUUUCAGAAGCGUGGUCUACCACAUGCUCACAUUCUCUUAUUUAUGCAUCCUACGGCCAAGUUUCCCACUACAGAUGAUAUUGACAAGAUCAUUUCAGCUGAGAUUCCAGAUAAGUCUCAAGAACCAGAGCUGUACGAUAUUGUCAAGGAUAUGAUGAUUCAUGGACCAUGUGGGGCUGCUAAUAUGAAAUCUCCUUGCAUGGAAAAUGGGAAAUGUUCUAAGCUUUACCCGAAAUCAUUUGCUGAUAAGACAACAGUGAGUAAAGAAGGAUUUCCGAUUUACCGUAGAAGAGAAGAUACAGAUCGUUAUGUAGAGAAGAAUGGAGUGAAAUGUGACAACAGAUUUGUUAUUCCUUAUAACAAGAAACUAUCUCUAUGUUAUCGAGCUCAUAUUAAUGUAGAGUGGUGCAACCAGGCUGGUUCUAUAAAGUACUUAUUUAAGUACAUUAAUAAAGGAAGUGAUCGUGUGACAGUAGCUGUGGAACCACCAGAUCACAUGGUUGCAGGGGCGCUUGGUAUUCCAGAAGGAGAAGUGGACCAAAUCAAAAGGAAUGAAUUCAAAGAGUUCUUUGAUUGCAGAUAUGUUUCUGCGUCUGAAGGAUCAUGGAGAAUUUUUAAGUUCCCCAUUCAUUUCAGGUCAACCGCAGUUGAGAAGCUUAAUUUCCAUCUUCCAAGCAAACAAACGGUUAUUUUCAAAAAAAAAGACAAGCUGGAAGCAGUGAUCAGUCGUAAACUCAUUGAGAAUACAAUGUUCUUAGCAUUGUUUGAGUUGUGUAUAGUUGAUGAUCUGGCUAAAACUCUAACCUAUGCUCAGAUUCCUAACUUAUUUACAUAUUCCAAGAGCCAAAAGAAGUUCAUAAGACGGAAAAGGGGAUUCAGUGUUGGCCGAAUCAACUAUGCUCCACGUAAUCAAGAACAUGCUUAUUAUCUCCGUGUGUUGUUGAACUAUGUGAGAGGUCCUACAAGUUACGAUGACAUCAAAACAUUUGAAGGUGUUGUUUAUCCAACCUACAAAGAUGCAUGUUAUGCUCGAGGAUUGUUAGAUGAUGAUCAAGAGUACAUUGAUGAUAUUCUAAGGAGAAGCUAUGAAAGCACAGGAGCUGAACUAAGACAAUUGUUUGUUAUGAUGCUCAUGAACAAUAGUUUAUCUGGGCCAGAGGACGUUUGGGAGAAGACUUGGGAAUGUCUUUCAGAUGAUAUUGAGCAUCACAGGCGUAAAACUUUCAAUAGGCCAGGUAGUAUUAUUUUACUAUUUUCUUUAAUUUCUUUUGUAGGACUAUUGUUAAGUGACGAUGAGAAAAAGAAAUUCGCUUUGCUGGAGAUUGAAAAGCUUCUGAAGCGUUGUGGGACUUCUUUGGCAAAAUAUCCUUCUAUGCCACAGCUAGCAAAGACACAUAGUAAGGAUUCAAAUGUGUUGAUAUUAGAUGAGAGAAGCUAUGAUCGUGAGGCAUUGUUAGAAACUCUGGAUAGAGAUAUUCCAAAGAUGACUACAGAGCAAAGAAAAAUAUAUGAUGAAAUCCUAGAUGCUGUUAACAAGGAAAGAGGUGGAAUGUUUUUUGUGUCUGGAUUUGGUGGCACUGGGAAAACUUUUCUCUGGAAAUUACUAUCUGCAGCCAUUAGAUCGCGAGGAGAUAUUGCUCUUAAUGUUGCAUCGAGUGGCAUUGCUUCUUUGUUGUUACAAGGUGGUAGGACUGCUCAUUCAAGGUUUGGGAUACCACUUAAUCCAGAUGAGUUUUCUUCGUGUACUAUGGCUCAUGGAUCCGAUCAAGCCAAUUUGGUGAAAGAGGCAUCACUGAUUAUAUGGGAUGAAGCCCCCAUGAUGAGUAGGUAUUGUUUUGAGGCACUAGAUAGAAGCUUAUCUGAUAUUAUUGGGAAGCAGAGCGACAAGCCUUUUGGUGGAAAGGUUGUAGUUUUCGGAGGCGAUUUCAGACAAGUGCUCCCAGUAAUAAAUGGAGGUAGUAGAGCUGCAAUCGUUAUGGCUUCAAUGAAUUCUUCGUAUCUAUGGGAGCAUUGUAAAGUCCUGAAAUUAACUAAGAACAUGCGAUUAUCAUCUGGUGGUUUGUCAGCUGAAGAGUUGACGGAUCUAAAGGAAUUCUCUAAGUGGAUCUUAAAGGUUGGUGAUGGUACACUUGGAGAGCCUAACGAUGGAAUAGCUGAGAUCGAGAUCCCCUCCGAAUUUUUGAUUACUGAUUCUGAUGAACCAAUAGAGGCCAUUAGCAAAGCAGUGUACGGAGAUCCUUCUUCAUUAAAAGGAAACAAAGAAGCUAAAUUUUUCCAAGAGAGAGCUAUUUUGUGUCCAACCAAUGAGGAUGUUAACAUGAUCAAUGAUUACAUGUUGGAUAAGCUGGAUGGUGAGGAAAUGAUUUAUCUCAGUGCCGAUAGUAUUGAUCCUACUGAUACAAAAGCGGUGAAUGAUGAAGCACUUGACUCAGAUUUUCUAAACAAUAUUAAAGUGUCUGGAUUGCCGAAUCAUAGACUUCGCCUGAAAGUUGGUUGCCCAGUUAUGGUUCUCAGGAAUGUUGAUCCUCCAGAAGGGUUAAUGAACGGAACAAGGCUACAGAUUACUCAGCUGAUGGAAUUUAUGGUUGCCGCUAAGAUUAUCACUGGAUCUAAUGUUGGGAAGACAGUCUAUAUUCCUAGAUUAUUGAUAACACCAUCUGAUACGAGACUGCCUUUCAAAAUGCGUCGAAGGCAAUUGCCUUUAGCUGUUGCUUUUGCUAUAACAAUAAACAAAAGUCAAGGGCAGUCUCUUUCAGAAGUUGGACUCUUCCUACCUAGACCUGUGUUUUCACACGGACAGCUCUACGUAGCUAUUUCUAGGGUCACGUCGAAGAAAGGGUUGAAAAUUCUUAUUGUGGACAAAGAUGGAAAACCUCAGCAUAAGACUUUCAAUAUUGUUUUCAAAGAGGUUUUCAAUAAUCUAUAAGCUAAGGAGUCAUGAUGAGGUAUUUAUUUAAGCGCUCCAUCAUUUACUGUUUAUUACUAUAUGUUAAGAUCAUAAUUUAAAAAUAUCUUUGAAACGUGAUGUGUUUUUCAGAUUUAUGCUAAGGAUGAGAAGAGAGGAGGAAGUUCUUUAUCGUACUUGAGUUUCUUUAAGCUGUUUUCAACUUAUUUACGGAUUUGUAUUGUUUUUGAUGUAGCUUAUCAUUUUUCUCUACAUUUUCUAGAUGUUAAAACUAUAGCAAAGAAAUAAAAACAACAAAACCAACAUAUGAAAACUUCAAUCAACUCACAGCAACAAAACAAUAAACCAAUGAAUCUGUUGUACAUCACUUCUUAUCUAACCAAACCACUUAGAUAUACUAGGAAAAUGUAGAUGGUUCUAAUCUAACGGCUGGUUCCCUUCUUAUCUAACCAAAACACUUAGAUAUACUAUUCAUAUGAUAAAUGGUU